UUUCUUUAACUGUCUAUGGGGGUGAUGAACGGCUCUUCCGGGUGCAGAGCGGAGAGGCAGCGGUGUGUGGGUGCAGCAUCCAGAGACUCAGAGACUCAUUCAGAGAAGACGGCGACAAUGGCCGAAAUAUCACUGUAUCUCACUAACGUCAAUGUGUCGAUAGGACAGAACAUGACUGCGGCGCAGACACAGAGCCGUAACCCGGCCGGAGGCUUUGAGAGUGUGGAGCUGGGGGUGCUGAAAGAGAGAGAGGGACAGAGGGAGAAGGUGCCCCGCAGGAUCAUCCAUUUCUCCAGCGGGGAGACCAUGGAGGAGUACAGCACCGACGAGGACGAGGGAGAGGACAAGGAGCUGGAGAGGAAAGACCUGCUGUCCUCCCCGGUCGAACCGGUGAGGUCAAAGUUGACCUGGGGUCCAUACUUUUGGUUUCACAUGUGGAGAGCUGCCACAUCCACCAUCUCAGCGUGCGACUACCUGGGGGAGAGGAUGGCCUCCCUGUUUGGGAUAACGUCAGCCAAAUAUCAGUAUGCCAUUGAUGAAUACUACAGGAUGAAGAAAGAGAGGGAGGAAGAGAACGAGGAAAACCGGCUGUCAGAAGAAGCAGAGCAAUCCUUUGACCAGCUGCAGUCUCCGGAAGAUGAAGACCAACCAAUCGUCAUGCCGGAGCAGCGGGACGUGGCCGCUGCGCUGCCCGAUGUGACCUAUCAGAUCGAGAAUGAAAAUCGGGCACCUUUGAGCACCAUGACAGUCCCUGCUAUCGUCACGGCAACCUAACUAACCCCGGAAAUGGACGUUUGCGCUUUUAAUGUGCGUCUGUUUGUUAAAGAAGGAACAUCGUGUUGUUUCACCAAGCACCGUUUGGUUUGUGUGGUCCACGGCUUCAGGUGGGCAGUGCUGCUGUGUUGUGGUUGUCUGGCGAGGACAGUAGUGGUGGAGGUACUCCACUAAAAAGUCCCUUUGCAACAGUGUAACAAUUGAUAAAAGUAAUACUGGACAAUAGGGAUGUAAGGAUGCAUCGUUUAUCAGUUAAAAAUCUAUAUAAAUGUGUAAAGAUUACUUCCAGUU